GAUAUACCAGACCGCACUCACGCUGUAGGCAUCAAUUAGGUUUUUUCUUCUCUCACACAAAAUAACUUUAAGCCGACUCCCAAAGCUGAUAAGUUACCACAAGCUUUGACUCUGUAAUCCAGUAGUCUCUGUAAAUCCAAUUCUCAAACGGCUGGAAAAUGGCGUCCAAGUUUGGGUUGGCUGGUGGCAUACCGGAGCGUAGAGUUCGACCCAUUUGGGAUGCCAUUGAUUCUCGCCAGUUCAAAAAUGCUCUCAAGCACUGCACCCCUCUCCUCUCCAAAUACCCCAAUUCCCCUUAUGCUCUGGCACUUAAAGCUUUGGUUUUGGAAAGGAUGGGUAAAGCGGAAGAAGCAUUUUCUGUUUGCUUAAAUGCCAAAGAGCUUUUGUACACUAAUGACUCUGUCUUGAUUGACGAUCUUACUCUCAGCACUCUACAAAUUGUUUUCCAGCGACUUGAUCACUUGGAUAUGGCAACAAGUUGCUACGAGUAUGCUUGUGGCAAAUUUCCGAGUAACCUGGAUCUAAUGAUGGGUCUCUUCAACUGCUACGUCCGCGAAUACUCCUUUGUGAAGCAACAACAGAUAGCUAUUAAAAUGUACAAGAUUGUUGGUGAAGAAAGGUUCCUGCUUUGGGCAGUAUGCAGCAUUCAGUUGCAGGUUCU